GCUUUCAUUGAUGAGAAAGAUGAAGACUAUAAGAGGGAUCGUAUUGCUGCCUGGCACGGUACCAGUUACCUACACCUGAAAGGCAUUUAUGUGAAAAGUCAAGACUCUGUGUAUAUUCACCCUGUAAAGAGUGCUGCACUUUGUCAUGAGAACAUAUCUGUCCGUGUUGAUUAUGACCUUGGAGAAAAAAAGGUCAAGGAAGUGAACAAAGUCAACGAAGUGAAAGUAUUCUAUGUUGUAUGUAUCAUUUCUUUCAAUGGAAAGGGAUUUAUUCUAGGCACAUAUGGGGAUUUAUUAAUAAUGCCAGCUACUAAUAUGCCAUCAUAUGCCAUACAAGUAUAUCUCUAAACAUAUUUCACCAAAAACAAGGCUUUAUCAAUGGUGUAAAUAGACUUCUGGAUUGCCUGCAAUUUUAACCCCACCUUUAAAAUUAAGUGCAUGGUCUCUAUUGACCCAUCAAUUAAAUCCAUUGUUAAGUUGGAUUAAACUGGAACAUCCUUACUAUGUGGGCCAGCACAAUGGUUAAGAUUGUUAUGGAAAUCCAUGAUACUCUUUCAGGUUUCUUACAAAAAAAAUACUUUACAAUUUUUGCAAAAUGCACAAACAUUGCAACAUUCCCAUUAAUGUUUGUAUUAGUAGCUUUAAAUUUCAUAAACAUACAUAUAUAUACACACACAGGUAAAAGAGGUUGCCAUGGAAACAUGGAAAAAUGCAUACUGCAUUUCUCCUUCUCUUAUUAAUAGGGAUAACUACAAGUCCUUCAAAGGUAUUCCUUAGAGCAUUUCCUUGAGUUGGGGCAAUAAAACUAACGGGAUGGUAAUGUUCACAGACUGAAUAUUUUGGAACUCUAAAUUCCCAGGUUCUCUAGCAUCUUAACAUCUUAGAUAAGGGUAAUCCUGAGCCAGCAUGGUAUGACACUCAUCAUAUAGAAUGUUCCAGAAGAUGCCAACACAGACCAUACUCUAUAUGCAUAUGAGAAACAUAGAGAGGCAUUGAGAGAGCAUUCGGGGUGUGAUUACCACUUGCAGCCUCACUAUCUCUUUAUCUUAAAGAGUUUACAUUGCUUUUCUUAAUUGCUGUCCCCAACCCUCUCUCUGGUAAUUCAAUACUAACGGUCACAGUAGAUCUUUCUUUUAUUAUCUCUCACUAUCUAACUUGCUAUCUCAUGCUCUUUCUCUGUACUUCUUUCACCAUUUUCCUUGAUGGCCCACCCACUCAUUGUCUCUCUUUAAAUUAUUUGCUAUACCACACACUUGCUAAUCCAUGCAUUUUCUCUUCUCUCACAAGCCAAUGUGUUCUCUCUGAACCAGCUCUUAUUUUCCCUAGCACAUUUGUUUUACUAUUCCUUUUCUUCCUUCAGGUUUUGGCUAAAAAUAAGAUUUUGUACAGUGGCCAGAAGACCGUGAACCUGGAGAAAGCAGACUGUACGUUGUAUUAUUCUUUUCAAUGAAUGCUUCGCUUUAUAACUAUUAAACACGUAUCCUAACCUGAUAUAAAUCCAAACAAGGAAAACCCCAUUGUUACUAACGCUUGAAACAAAAGCUAUAAUGCACAGAAUUUGCCAGCAUUAUUUUCUUAAAGCAACCAAUUACAGGAUCUUAGAUUAUUUCAUUUAAGUGAUGUAGUUCUGCAGCAAUUUUCGUUUUCUGUAGUAAAAAAGAAAAUAAAGUUAAUUAAAUGUUUAUUGAGCACUCUGUAACAAAUAUUUUAGUAUACAGGUAUAGUAAAGGGGGAAUCAAAGCAGACAAGAAUAAAUGCACACAAGAUUUUGAAAGAUUGGAUUUACAGCUUUGUGCUCCACAGUGACAAUGUCAAUAAUUAGAUUCUUUGUAAUUUUGGUGAGAUAGGUCUCUGUUGAGUUUUGAAAGUGAUAUUCUAAUUGAAGAUAGUCAAUAUGUUGAGCUGACAAGAUUAGAGAGUUGGAUAUCUACUAGCUGGAAAAGAGGCUUGAAGGUGGAAAGAAGAGAAGAUAUUGUCUUUUACAAUCAGUUAAGAGAGGUUCUAUAUAAAAUUGGAGUCAAAAACGCAUAUCUGAUGAUGAACUACUGGUGAAAAGACUAUCUGAAUAUGACCAUUAGCAUUAGACGGAAGCACGAAGGAAGGAGGUUAACACAUAUGUAAGAGAUUGGAUUUAAAAGUGUUGCAUCUUCUUCUGUAACUGGGAUAAAUAACCCUAGAAUACAUGAGAAUAUGAGAAAUGCACAAUAAACAUAGGAUUUUGUUCACACACAGUCUAGAAUCGAAUCGCAAAUUAUAUUCCGGUCAAGACUCUCUCUCUAAAUCUCAGGGAAUAUUUGGUUAGUGUUGUGCUGUAUGAUGUGUGAGCAUCACUAAAGUAUAUAUUGAAUGUAUCAAGUAAAUGUGUGUUUCUGUAAAUGUAAAUGUGUGUUUGAUCAUGUUGACUCCAAAACAAGAAGGUUAAGUAUAUAUUUUCUGAUUGCGAUCGUGUUAUUUUCUCUUCUUCUCGCACUUCUCAGCACGUUCAGGAUCCAUGGAGAUUUCUCUCCCAGUCCGAGAUGUUUCUCCCACUGGGAAGAUUCUUGUUUUCACCUUAUCUGAUGAUGGUGAGGUGGCUGUAGAUACUGCAACGUUUCAAGUGACUGCAUGCCUGAAGCAAAAUGUGAGUAGGAAUGAUCAAAAAUCUUAAACACCCUGUACUGAAUAGGACAGUCCUAAAAUUGUACAUUUAUUAAUUUGGAUAUUAAUAAAAAAUCAAGAAAAUAUCAGCUCGAAUAAACCUAUCCCUUUUAAGCAUAUAGUCUUUUAAACUACACUAUGGUCUUCUGAGCUAAUCCUUUAGUUAGCAGUAUGCUAAUAGACACACUUUUCAGAACCACUAGGGGUGGUCUAAAGCAAUACACAAGCAAAAUUGAGUAAAAACCUCAAUACUUAGUACAUUAUAACAGAACCUUUCCAUUGUCAACUAAACAUGGUCAAAUUAAUCCAAAAAGAAUGUCAAAGCAGUUAUUAAGCAAGUCAGAAUCUGACCAGCUAGUGUUAUAUUAAAAAGAUCAUACCUUUGCUUUGAAUUUCAGGUCACUCUUGGGUUUUCUGAGGAACGUGUGCACCCCAGUUCACUUGUCAAGUUGAAUCUGAGAGCCGCCCCUGGUUCUUUAUGUGCGCUCCGUGUUGUUGACAAGAGUGUUACAUUGAUGAAACCAGAAGACGAACUCACAGAGGCUAAGGUAAGGUUUCAAAGGAUGUGAUAAGUUAGAAAAAAAAUAUAUGUAAUAUUAUUUAUAAAGUUGUAUGAAUGUAUUUGGCAUGUAUUUUAUUGAGCAAUUCAAGAUAUCUGACAUAUAGAUACAAUUUUACACUUUGGUACUCAAAUUGCUAUUUUGAGUAAAUUAGACAAUGGAGAUGAAGUUAAGAAAAUCUAAGGGGAAGAGAAAAAAAAAAAACUACUAAUAUUGAAAAAUAUUCUUAUUUAACUUCACCUAACCUGGAAUAUUGGGAAUAUUGUGACUUGCUCUCAGAACUAAUCUUCAUAACUACAUAAAUACAUUAAAAAUAAUUUUAAAAAGGGCUACUAGAAAUUGGAUCAUGGUUUUCAUAAUAAUAAGUACCAAAUAAUAGGGGAGUUAAAAAAGUACAAGACUGAUAUUUUUCACAGAAUGAAGGUAUUUAGGAGAAAAGGACAUGGAACAUUAGGAAAUACUUUAUUACAGAAAGAGUUAUAGGUACAGAAUAGGUUGCAGAAUUCCAGAAGGAGCAAUUCUAGUAUUCAUUUUUGUACACAUUUCUAAGAUAAGUUCUAAUAAGCUGUUCUAAUUAUACAGCUUCUACUUUAAGGGACCCUCCACUGCCCAAAUGUUUUUUUUUAAAAUCACUAUUUAGUAGAUAUACAUCUUAUUAAAACUUUAAAGCUUUUAAUUGUGUGUUUUUUUCAUUGUGUGUAUGUCUAAAAAAUGCUUGUUAAACCUGCAGAUUUCUUGCCUGAAGCCUUUGUCAGCCCUCCCCUACUAACCCCCUCUCAGACUUUCUGUGGCUGUCCAAUCACAAUCUAUUCAUUUAAACAUAUCUACUAAUACGUAAACCUAUUGAUUGUAUGUUUUUGACUUGGUUAUAGAUUCAAAAUCUUAUCAAGACUCAGCCCUAUUAUCCGCCAUAUGAGAGCUUAGAUUAUGAAUUUUGUCGUGAUAAUGGACCUACAACUUAUUGGGGAAUAAUUAGUGAAGAACUUAUCUCUUGGUGGCAUCCACGGUAUGUCUAUCCAGUGAAGAAGAAGGAUAUUCAGAACAUAAUCGAGGUUAGUAACAUACGAUUAAGAUAAUAUAUGUAGAUACGCGUUGAAGAUGUUGAAGAUAGGAAGAUAGGAAGAGUUGCUAUCCAAGCAGUUUGAUUUGGCAAUAUUGGUACCCAAAUAAUAAAAGACUUUCCUGGGAACUGGAAUUAUGAUCUGGAGAUCAACAAGAUAAGAUGUAAUAAGCCACGUAGAAACAGAAGGCAGCUCAAGAGGAGAGUCAGCAAAGGUAUUUUUCCUCUGCUGGUAUCUCUAGAUCUGGAGCCUCUUAAACAGGACAGAGUAUGGGAGCUCAUGUCAUGCUAGCUCUCUAGAGAGAGUAGUGUCAACAUUUUUAUUUUAUUUUUUUUAAAUGGAGAACCCUUUCUUUGUUAAGAACUCAAAGUAUCCAAUUUUUAUAUAAAGAGGUAUUGUCAGUACUCUUACUCAACUAAAUUGAUGUGAUUCAGAUGUGUCAGGAGUGCUACUCAAUGCCACUCUUUUGAGAGACUGGAACUGGAGUCUUUUCAAAAUGCCCUGCAUACACUCAACUUUUUUAUGACCUUCAUGCAGAGCAUGGGGCAUUUAAAAUUUCAAUGGGUGCUAGAUUUUCUGUUAAAGCAAGUACAAAUUAGAAAUGAAAAAUGUAAUUUAAAAACAUAGCAGAAAAGUGACAUUUUAGCUCCAUAUUAGGAUUACCUGGUCAGGGAUAAAUAAGUCUCUAUCACUUCUAGAGCUAUAAUUUAAUGAUUUUAAAUCUGAUGGGUUAUUCAUAGGGCAAUAGGGAAAAGUCAUGGAUGCAUGCAAGGCCAUUUGGACUGCAAACUCCAGACUUUGUACACACACCAUUCAACGCUGUCCAGAUCUUGCCACUAUCCGGGGCCCAUGCAACUACAUCAUGUGGGAAUAUUUCAGUAAGCCAAUCAGAGUGCUCGGACAUUGCUCGAGACUUAGAGUGUUCUUACUCAUAUUGCACAACGUGCAAUGCAGUAGCUGUCAUAGUGUGGGAACGCCUUUCUAAGAGGCCAAAGAAAAAAAGAGUUAGAAGAACGAAGACUUUGUCUAAGGCAAAGGAAAGGUUUUUUUUUACUGUAAGAACAAUCAGGAUGUGGAAUUCUCUGCCUGAAGAAGUGGUUUUAUCAGAGUCCAUACAGAUGUUCAAACAGCUACUAGAUGCAUACUUGCAAAAGCAGAAUAUUCAAGGAUAUAAUCUUUCAAUGUAGGGUAAUAACUGCUUGAUCCAAGGAUAAAUCUGACUGCCAUUCUGGGGUCAAGAAGGAUUUUUUUUCCUAGCUUGUUGCAAAAUUGGAAGUGCUUCAAACUGGGUUAUUUUUACUUUUGGAUCAACAGCAAAAAACACAUGUGAGAAAGGCUGAACUUGAUGGACGCAAGUCUCUUUUCAGCUAUGUAACUAUGUAACUAUGUAACUAUGAUGGUAAGUAUAAUUUAAAAUUUUGCAGGCAUUGGUUUUCUUGGCUUCCCCUCAGUAUUAUUGGAGUGAGGGGAAUAAGUAGGGUUCAUUCAUUUAAAUGUGUGUGAUUAGAGGAUAGGGGUCCCUGAAUAUUAUAAUUAGGGGCCCUACCUCCUGCUAAUGAGUCAAGCUCAGGAAAAGGACACUAGGUUCUUUUGACCCCCGUAAGGUUUUUAAUUUAUUUUUUAAAACUUUUUUAAUGUGGUGGUUGGCUAGCAAGCAUUGGCUAGUUGCCAUGUUAAACAUUUUGUAUAAGAUUCAAAUGUAAAAACACUAAUUUUAAUCUGGACACCGAAUGCACCCUGUGAUUACUGCAGAUUCACACGGUGUAACUGAAUUCCGACCAUCCGUAACUUUAGUAAAUAUGAAAAUUGCCAUUGCCCAUUUUCACUGGAUUUUAUCCAUCUGGACAAAAUUCGAUGUUUAGUAAAUAACCCUGUGAAGCUACUACUACUUAGUGCAGGAACAUCUCACUGGCAGAAGAUAAAGGAAUUGUGCACCCAGAAGACAAGCCUAUAUUAAAAUAAAUGGUAUGGUUGCUUAUGGGAGUAAAAUGAAUGAUCACUGAUGUGUAGUACUGGUGAGCAGAGAAGUGAUGGUGUAAAGAAGAGAAGAGGAGAGCUGAAUAUUUGCCCACCUAACAUUCCCUUUUUUAUGCUCUUCUGCAGGAUAUGGGACUUACCAUCGUAACCAACUGGAACGUUAUGGCACCUGUGACCUGUAAAUUUGAGAGAGGUACGUAUAAAAUUCACAGAAUAGGUUAGGCUAGUGGAAUAACACCGGCCUAAAGGCGGAAAAAAAAACUUGCUUUCUUAUUUUAUUUUCUUCUUAUUUAUUAUGUAUGGCAUGUAAUUGCUUGGAGGAACAAUUCAAAUAUAUGGUAUGUAUUGGCUUAGAAACUCUAUCUGUUCCAAGUACCCUAGGUAUAAUGUGAUUAUAAUGUUCGUACUUAUAUUGUUCAUUAUGUUAUUGGUUUUCAAAUACAUCUUUGAUGUUACCAAAACCCCGUAUUUGUGGUUUGCUUUAGAUACUAUCGUGUUCUGAGAUUUAAAGCCAAAGAUUUCAGUGGGACAAGUGGGGAAAAAACAAAAUAGAACCUUUUCUAAGUGGCUGGUUGGAAACUGUGGGAAUCAUAACAUUCUCAAACUAAUAGGGUAAAAUGUUAUGAGAGACAGCAGACUUCCACUGGUGUCACUUGUAACCACUGCACUUGUAUGCGUCUACACCCAUUUUGUCUGCAGCUCACAUAACAAAAUUAGGUGUGCACACAGCUUGUGGCUGUGGACAUUGGCCUAUGCUCCCUUACAUGUGCUAUGUGAGUCUGUGAAUCUUGGCCAAGCUUCUGCAAGAUAUCAAUAUAUCUUGCAGGAGUACAGCUGAGCAUCAUAGAGCCGCAUGGCACACGUAAGGAGGUACAGCGCUGACUCACAUCAGGUGAUACAGGCAAAGUAAAUAUGACCAAUAUGGCAUGGAAUGCAUAUGAGCAUAAUAAAAUGUGUGCGAUGUCGCAUGGACAUGGGCAUCAUAAUAUAUACUCAAUGUGGCAAGUGGGCAAUGUGACAUGAUGUGGGCAUAAUAAAAUGGAGACAAACUGAAAUAUAAGUAGACCUCAUGGCAUGUGGGCAAUGUGACAUGAUGUGGGCAUAAAAAAAUGGAGACAAACUGAAAUAUAAGUAGAUAACAAGAAAAAGGAAACUCAAAAGGCUGGAAAGUGGGAGGGGAGGAAAAGACACUCCCGUAUCCCACUGCCGAGCCUCCAGAGUAUAGAGGUCACCUGGACUGGUAAAAGGGGGUAACCCUGGAAAUUGUAGAAAAAAAGGAAGAAAAAAAAACCCAAAAAGGGAUGUCUUAUAUAAAGACCGCCCAGAGGGUAAAUACCCAGUCCAAUCUCAACAGUAGUGUAGUUGCCAAAAAAAAAAAAAAUCCUUUAUUGAAAUCUAUUAAAAAACCUGGGUAAUCAGUGAUGGACAGAAUAAUAUAGGGAGAAAUAUGUAUGGUAGGAACAAGGCUAAUCAAGAGCCAACCCUCACAAGAAGCAGAGAGGGGAUAGAAGGCAAUAUGUACCCCCAUACAUAACUCAGGUAACAAAGCAGUAGGAAAGAACAGGGAAAGGGAGAAACACACACUCCCAACCAAACAGUAGUGCUAUGCUAAUACCCUAUCUCCUAUAAAACACCUUCGUGGGUGUUCUAAUCUAAAUGCUGUCAUAACAUCUGAAGCCCCAGGUUACACACACAUACUAGAAAAACAUAAAUGAAAAGGUGCUCAGAGCAAAGUGCUCAAGAGAGUAUUAAAAACACAGAAGAACCCGACGUACGUUUCGGCGUGACCACACGCCGUCCUCAGGGGUAUCAGCAGUGAGCAAAAAACUGUCCGGGUGGUAAAUUUAUACCUUAAGCUCAUAAGCUUUAUUGUAAUCACCUGUGAUUGUGUCUAAAUUGCUCCGGUCCUCCUGCGAAUGGGGCUGUGGGGGUGUGGUGUAACACACCAUAGUGUCAGCCCACAUUUCUAUGUCAGAGGUAGCCAGAACAGAAAUCAGGUGAAAGGGAAUUAACCCUUUGAGUGCCCCGCCCGGAACAGAUAUAAAUGGAUACUUACUAUAUCUAAAAGGCAGUAUCCAUAGCUUAACAGUUAACCCUUGGAAUGUCCAAAUUGUAUCAUAUAGGUCAAGUGUGUGGAUUGAUUCUUAUGGCUGUAUUGUGUAGCUUUAGUACAAUUAAAGAAACAACUUAUAACCGUUGUGAACCAGUAAGGGAUAAGUACAAUGGCUAUAUGGGCAGUCAUACACAGAAGCCGACAAUUCUUUUAUUGCCACUGUAAAUAGUAACCCAUUAGUUUAUGCAACACAAAACAGACCCCUAAACUCUUAGACCUAUAAUGCAGGUAAAAUUAAUGGACAUAUGAACACCAAAUAUAAUAGAAAUAAAUAAAGAAUAUAUACAUAUAUACAGGCAUAACUUAAGAUACCAUUUAUUAUCAGAAUUAUUGCAGGACUUUGAACAAGGUAGAAUUUACCGUUCUUUUAAAAAGAGAUCCAAAGUAGACUCUGACCAAUUCAGUACAUCUGAGUACGAAUCAAUCGAUACUGAAACUGAAAAACCUCAAACCCCUACUCCUAGGAAUCCAACUAAAAGUAUUCUAAAAAAGGGGGUGGAUUUUUUAGGAUUAAGACAAGCGGAUCUAACUCAGGGUCCGCACACCAGAUACAGGGGCAGAAGUCAGAGACGACGCAGGGAAUGAUAGCAUCCUCUCUGCGUAUUAUUAAUCUCUCUGAUACCAUCCUUGGUCAGACCGAACUUAGCGUAUUGGAGAAGGGUCUUUCAUUCGUACCCAUUCCAACAUUCAGCAAGUUCAACUGGACUAAGGAUGUAAACCUUUUUGUGAGAAAGCUUGCCUUGUAUAAAUACCAUGCAGUACGUAAAGAAACUAAGGCCCAAAGCUUGGGUCUAUCACCAAAUGACUUGGAGUGCUUAGACACUCUGGUGGAAUUACUUAACUCUGGAGAUGGUACUAUACAAUCUGAUAUACCACAUACUAAUUUGAAACCCAAGAGUAAGUUUACCCCUCAUUUUCAGGAUUAUAAAAAUUUGGAGGUAUUUUUGGAAAUGGUUACUAGGGAAAUAGAUAAGACAAAAAUGGAUGAUUUUGAUCUAUCCCCUAAUGGCAACCUUAAUACUCAAGGAACUAAUAGCCCUGAAAAAACUACAGAGCUAUACAAAUUUGAUUUUCAAACCCUCUGAUAAAGGGGGCAAUGUGGUGAUACUUGACAGAGACCACUACAUUCGUAUAGCUGAAAGACUUUUAUCCGAUAAAAAUACUUACCGCAUACUAGCAAAAGAUCCUACAAAAGCGUUCCAAGCUGAGUUAAAAACUAUGCUUACUAAGGCUGUGAAUCAUCAACUCAUUAAUCAGGAUGAGUUUGAAUUUAUGUGCACCAAACAACCAUGUCUAUCUACUUUUUAUUGUUUGCCUAAAGUGCACAAAUCACUAACCGAUCCGACCGGUAGGCCGAUAGUUUCUGGUUGUGAUAAUCUAACUCAGAAUGUAAGCAUUUAUGUGGAUAAAAUUCUGUCCCCAGUAGUACAGAAGCUACCAUCUUUCCUUAGAGAUACUAAACAAAUGUUGCAUUUAUUGACCAACCUUACUUUACCUCCAAACGCUAUCCUGUGUAGCCUUGACGUGGAGGCCCUUUACAGCUCAAUUCCUCAUAACCUAGGUAUUAAACAUACCCGUCAACUAUUAAAUCUUGAAACUGACCUACCUGAACAUUAUGUGAAUUUUGUGAUGGAAUUACUUGAAUUCAUUUUGACUCGUAAUAUCUUUCUGUUCAAUGGCAAAAUCUUCCACCAGACCACUGGUACAGCUAUGGGGACGUCUUGUGCACCCUCAUAUGCCAAUCUCCAUCUAGGCUGGUGGGAAAGGUGUAUUAGGGCAGAUCCUAAGCUGAAAUCAUACACUAAUCAGAUCUUCUAUUGGAAAAGAUACAUCGAUGAUGUGUUUUUGAUUUGGCUUGAUACAUCAGAGAGAUUCAAAGAAUUUGUAUGUCUGCUGAACAGCAACGAUUUUAACUUACGAUUCACUAGUGAAGUAGGGGGUCAAAACCUUUGCUUUCUAGAUCUAGCACUACAGGUAUCUAAAGAAGGCAAAAUUGAAACAACCUUGUACAGAAAGAAGACAGCCUCAAAUAACCUGCUAUGCUGGUCUAGUCAUCACCCCAUAUCACUCAAAUCCGGUAUCCCAAUAGGCCAAUAUUUGAGACUUCGACGAAACUGCUCCACGAUGGAGGAGUUCAAAUUAAAAGCAAAUGAGCUACGUCACAUGUUUAAGGCCAAAGGUUACCCAAAUAGGGUUCUGAAAAGAGCCUAUCUGAGGGCAAUCCACACUGAACGGGAAACCCUAAUUACAGAUGGGGGUCGUAAGACUGAGGAAAAUAAAAUACGCUGCAUAGGUACAUAUGAUGCAGGAUGGGACACUAUGCUGAAUGUCUUUCAAAAAUUCUGGCCUAUCCUCCAAUCAGAUAAGCAUCUGAAGGAAAUUCUGCCAUCACUCCCUUCAAUUACAGCACGGAGGGGCAAAAACUUGAGAGAUAUCCUAGCACCUAGUCACCUCUCAACUACGUCCCCGUCAGGUUAUUUUCAAAAAUACCUACCAAUGGGUUCUUUCCAAUGUGGUCACUGCAGUGCAUGCCCGUUUAUUACCAAGAGGGCCUCUGACAGCAAGGGCUUAAUGAAUUUCAAACCACGUUCCUUCUUUAAUUGUAACACAACAGGAGUAGUUUACCUACUGUCUUGCUCCUGUGGCCUAAAAUAUGUAGGCAAGACUUUUCGCCACUUCAGGCUAAGGAUACGUGAACAUGUAAAUUCUGUCAAGAGACGUUUGGAAACACCUGUCUCAAGGCAUUUACAUCUACAUCACAAUCACUCCUCGGCAGGCAUCCGGUUCAUGGGUCUUGAACAUGUACCACAGCCUCCUAGGAAAGGAAACUGGGAUCUAAAACUAAGACAAAGAGAGGCGUUUUGGAUUUACCAUCUCAAAACGCUAUCUCCCCUGGGGCUAAAUGAAGGGUUUUCAUAUUCCCCGUUUAUUUAAAGUACUGCAAUAAUUCUGAUAAUAAAUGGUAUCUUAAGUUAUGCCUGUAUAUAUGUAUAUAUUCUUUAUUUAUUUCUAUUAUAUUUGGUGUUCAUAUGUCCAUUAAUUUUACCUGCAUUAUAGGUCUAAGAGUUUAGGGGUCUGUUUUGUGUUGCAUAAACUAAUGGGUUACUAUUUACAGUGGCAAUAAAAGAAUUGUCGGCUUCUGUGUAUGACUGCCCAUAUAGCCAUUGUACUUAUCCCUUACUGGUUCACAACGGUUAUAAGUUGUUUCUUUAAUUGUACUAAAGCUACACAAUACAGCCAUAAGAAUCAAUCCACACACUUGACCUAUAUGAUACAAUUUGGACAUUCCAAGGGUUAAUUGUUAAGCUAUGGAUACUGCCUUUUAGAUAUAGUAAGUAUCCAUUUAUAUCUGUUCCGGGCGGGGCACUCAAAGGGUUAAUUCCCUUUCACCUGAUUUCUGUUCUGGCUACCUCUGACAUAGAAAUGUGGGCUGACACUAUGGUGUGUUACACCACACCCCCACAGCCCCAUUCGCAGGAGGACCGGAGCAAUUUAGACACAAUCACAGGUGAUUACAAUAAAGCUUAUGAGCUUAAGGUAUAAAUUUACCACCCGGACAGUUUUUUGCUCACUGCUGAUACCCCUGAGGACGGCGUGUGGUCACGCCGAAACGUACGUCGGGUUCUUCUGUGUUUUUAAUACUCUCUUGAGCACUUUGCUCUGAGCACCUUUUCAUUUAUGUUUUUCUAGUAUGUGUGUGUAACCUGGGGCUUCAGAUGUUAUGACAGCAUUUAGAUUAGAACACCCACGAAGGUGUUUUAUAGGAGAUAGGGUAUUAGCAUAGCACUACUGUUUGGUUGGGAGUGUGUGUUUCUCCCUUUCCCUGUUCUUUCCUACUGCUUUGUUACCUGAGUUAUGUAUGGGGGUACAUAUUGCCUUCUAUCCCCUCUCUGCUUCUUGUGAGGGUUGGCUCUUGAUUAGCCUUGUUCCUACCAUACAUAUUUCUCCCUAUAUUAUUCUGUCCAUCACUGAUUACCCAGGUUUUUUAAUAGAUUUCAAUAAAGGAUUUUUUAUUUUUUGGCAACUACACUACUGUUGAGAUUGGACUGGGUAUUUACCCUCUGGGCGGUCUUUAUAUAAGACAUCCCUUUUUGGGUUUUUUUUCUUCCUUUUUUUCUGAAAUAUAAGUAGACCUUGUGGCAUGUGGGCAAUGUGGCAUGAUGAGUGCAUAAUAUGGUGGAAACAAACUGAUAUAUAUAUAUAUAUAUAUAUAUAUAUAUAUAUAUGCAAUGUGGCAUGUGGGAAUAUUAAUAUAGCUUACAGUCAUAUUUGUAUUAUAUUUGUAUUAUUUAAAACAAAAAUAGCAAUGCAAUUUUAUUAUGAGAGAGUGGAUGUGACAAAAUUAUUUUGAAACUAUUUCAUGUUUACAUUUACACAGACAUUCAGUGCGCACAUACCAGGAAACAAAAAUGUGCACAACACAAUAUUUCUACACACAUUAAUUAGAGGUAACUUUGCUUGUAACAAAAUACAAGGUAACAAGGUGGAUAAAAAAGUAUAUAUAAAAAAAAGUUGUUUUUAAUUAAAAUGUGAUUAUUUUUUAAAAUGUAAUUUAGAUUUAUUUUAAUAAAAUAUUUUAGGAGGUAACAUCUAUCUAAUUAUAGUUAAGAUCAUCAGUCUUGAGGAUCUCAGUCAAUUGAAUGCUUUCCCAUAAGAAAGCAUUGGGAGGAUAUUGCUCAUGCUUGGUAAAAUGCCCCGCUGCAACAAUAAGCAUCUCCUCAUAGAGAUGAAUUGAAUCAAUGCAUCUCUACGCUGAAAAUAGGUGCUGCUCACUGUGCAGCAUUGAAAUAGGAAGUACCUCUAGUUACUGUCUGAGUGACAUCAUCUAGAGGUGUUACUAGGCAGCAAUGAAAAUACUGCCUUUUUUCUGAAAAAGCAGCAUUAACAUUGCUGAGCCUGUAGUAGUUCUGGUGACUGUAAUGUUCCUUUAAAUCUUCAAUAUAAUUGCCAGGAAUUCCAAGUGGACAAUCUAUUAGUCAUGAAAGUAGAAAAUAGCAGUGAGCAACUGUUUGUAAUAUAUAAGGAAUAUCACUUAUGUGGUCAGAUACUCAGAGUAAGACUUGUGGCAGUUGAUUGUUUAUUUAUUUCAUAUUGUUAGCAAAGCUGUCAAGGCAAAGCCUGGUAUACAAUGCAAAUCAUCGAGAAAAUAAAUGUGUGAUGAGUAAAAGCCGAUGUGGGCUCCUAUUCAUCUAAGGCUGGGGAAGGCAGCCUUUGUGGACUGUAUCUCCCCUGAUGCUUUGCCAGCAUUAUGGUUGUAAGAGCAUUAUGGGAUAUGUAGUCCACAAUAUAUGGAGUGCCAAUGGUUGCCUACCCCUGAUCCAUUUUAUAAGGAAAUUAAUGUUUUCCUUUGCAAAAGGCCAAUGACAAUGCAUGUUCAUGUAUGGCAUUAUGUGAGAAAUGUCUGAUUUAUAGACAAUUAUAUGCAAGCAUGAAUGCAUAUGAACAAUCCAUCAAGUAAUGAAGAUGACACUUUAUAAUGCUUAAUAUUCAUGGAAUUCACUUGUAAAUACACUUGGGGGCCUGACAGUUCUUUGAUGUGAAAAAGUUGCAUAUUAUUUUUUAAAGGCUUGGGUGUGAGAUGCAAUUCAUUAAAUAAAAACAAUUGUGUUCUUCAGAAAUGAUGACGAUGACUGGCAUCAUGGUUUCUGCUUCUUUGCAUAGUGGACCAGUUGCAG